AUGAAAGUUGACUCAAUGAGGAAGCGGAGGACGCUCAAGGAGAGUGAUUACGAUGAGAGAGGCUCUUUGGGUGAUGUGCGUCCCUUUUCUUUUCGCUCAGGCAGUCGGAUCACGUGGAGCUUGAAAGGAGAGCCUGAUUCGAGUGCGGCCCACAGUGUACUGACGAUGGUGCACCUUCUUACUCCACAGCGAUUCCAAACUUCGAAUCCGAGGAGAUCGAGCUCGCACAAACUCAGUCCAACGGCCAAACAUGACCCACAAGCUCCUUCCAAAACCGACGGCGCUGGAUCAGCCUCCUCAGGCUCAGGCUCAGACUCAGACUCAGGCUCGGGUUCGCCGAGCCAGGGCGUCCCAACGGCCUACGUAAAUGCGAAUUCGAGCGUGCCCUCGGCGAAUGGGACGACGAUCGUACAAGGGCCGGUGACGAUUGUGGUGAUUGUUAGCAACAGUGGGUUAGGCCGUGCUCAGUGCUCAGUGUGGGAAGAACUGUGGGCUGAGGGGCGCCCCUUUAUGCAGAUCCUUCAUCGACGUCGACUCCUUCCGGGUCUACACCCCUCAAUUCGACCGUCUCCAACAAUACCUCGACGACUGAACUCCCUACAGCUCCUUCACCAGCUCCCAUCCCACCUACCACCCCCAACCCCAACCCGACCUCCUCCGAUCCUAUCACAUCCACUUCCUCCAACUCCCCUCUCGUCGCUCCUAAUUCGCUCUCCUCAUCGUCGUCGAAACAUCUUUCGCAUGGCGAUAUCGCCGGAAUCGUCGUUGGGAGUUUGGUAGGACUGAGCUUGUUGGUGCUGUUAGUUCUAUGGGCUUGGAAGAAGUGUAUGGGUCUGAGGAGGAGGGGCGUUUAUGAGGAUAGUGAGUUAUGCUCACCAAUCUGUCCCUCAUCAAAUCGCCGAAGGAAGGAACUGACCCUGCCUCCUCUAAUCCUAAAAGUGAUGGCUCCUACCCGACCCAACCCUUAUGACCAAAUAGACCCCACCUCAUCCGGAUACGGCGCUUACACUCAGAGAAAAACUCAAGGGUCCCCUUCUUCCCUCCGGAAUUCAGUCCGAUCUGGCUCGCCUCCUACGAGACAUGUGA